AGGCCGGCAAUUGCUCCGCCUGAGCGUCUCUUACAAUAUCGCUGAAGGGUUUCACCAUAUGUCCAUCAAACCAGUUUCUCUUAAGAAUUCCAUAAGGAGACGUGAAGUUUCUGUGGGGGCUAUAACUGAUCCCUCGAGGAAUACAAGGUGUUGCAGGCACGCAUUCGAAACUCGUGUCGAAGAUACGGGAAAUACACCAUCAAAUGAUCGCAAAAGGACACAACCUCGUGUUUCAGUGGCUGCGGGUCAUUGCGGUAUCUCCGGCAACGACCUCGCCGACGAAGCUGCUAAGAAAUCACACGAAGGAGCAAACCUUGUUUCUGUGCCCUUAUCGAGGACUGACGCAGCCCAACACCUAAGCAAGCUAGCGCACCGUAUGACAAUGGAGAAGUGGCACACACCUGAAUUCACUCUCUGCAAUCAUUUCUCUCUUUUUACAUCCAAAACCAAAAUCUUUCAAAUUUCAUAUUUGUAUUUUAAAGAAAUUACGUUUCCGUGGGUGAAGUUGGGUGAAUACCAACUGACUUCGUCUAACUGUAAGCAAAUUCGUGCACUGUAGCGUUCAAUGUGAGGUUCAACACGCUGCCGUGGUCGAAGGAGCUUCGUUCAAGCCCUUAUGGCGGUGCAAACACAUUGCAAGAAAAAAUCGGUUUAACACUUUUGAGGUCACCGAAACUUUCGCCUUUAAGAAUGGAACACGAUAGCAUUCAAAAAUCCCUGAGUGCUUCUCAAGCUUCCCGGCAACUGCAGCUUAUGUAACCGUAUUGUUUACCGGGAAACGCUGGCGGCGAACGCUACGCACGAAGGCGAGCUUUCUGGUAUAGAAACGCCGCCUCUUGCGUGGGCCGAUCCCGAAGGUAUUGCACAGCCGCGCCAAGAAAAAAAAAACAUUUUCAGGUUUCUGCUAUUGUUUCGCCCUUUUAAUAUUUCAGUCUGAGAAGAAUUCACAUAAAAGGCACGCGCUGUCGGUGUUUUGUUUAAUGACGUUUGUUUGAGGGCUGUCAUUCCCAAAUUCCGAGGAAUAACUUUGUCAAGAAUGUAAGACAGGGUAUGAGCAACAUUAGUGAUGGAAUGGUGUGACAAUAUAACCUGCAUAUACCGCAUGUCAUACAGCAAGGCGUGGCAUAUACCUAUACCUAAAUAUAUGCGGUUUCGCUCACGGGACGCCGACACCGUCACCGCAAUUUCUGCGACACGGGGCCCUUAACGCUAUCUCGUUAAUAAAUACCCAUAAUUUGAACAGUACUUAGUUCUCUUAGCUUUUCGUUUGUCGGUCGACGCCGUAGUGCUGUCUUGGGGUUUCUUCGACCACGGGCAGCGUGUUGCAGCUCAUAUUGAACGCGACUGUACAUAGCAGUCUUUAAUGAGAUUUGAGUAUCGUCUAUGCUAAGAGAUUCAUAAGGAUUCUGUCUUCUGCCAUGCAAGGAGAUGCUUCCCCAAAGUUAUUUUUCCUCCUCUUUCUUAUCAUUUUACAAGAAAGAAAGAGAGAAAGAAAGAGAAAAUGCUCCUCAAUGAAACGAGGAUAUGCCUUCCGGAGCGGGUGCAGUCGCCUGUAUACAUACUUCUGUGCAUGGGAAAGGUGAUUCAAAAGCUCUAGGAGAGAGAGAAAGAGAGAAAGAAGGCGAAAGGAAAAGAAAAAAAUAAGGUAACGACAAAUGUGGACUAAGUCGAUCAUCCUAAUGUGUAUAAAGUAUAUUAUUUUACAAGCGCGCCAUUGUGACCAUACAACUCUUCUAUUCGAAUUCAGUUCUAAGCCUGCCCUUUUCAUCGCCCGUUCUUGACUCUAUAGCGGUGUCGCGCGUUUAUGAGAUCGGUCAUUCGGCGCGGCGCAUGGUAAGAACGGAGUGGGAUUGAGCGAAGACUGCCGUGUGGUGCCAUCACCGAAUUCCAACAACUCUGCAGUAUAUUGCGGUGCCGUUUUGGCUUUACUCUUCUUAUGCACAGAAUGAUUCAUUGUUACCUGCCUCUAUGGCGUCUGAAGUUGCACACUUCGUCCAAGAAAAAGGCCCUAUCGUUCGUUCAAGAGGAACGGUUCUUGGCAAAGGUUUCGAACUAGCACUUGCGUGCACUACUUUCGUUGCUCCUAUAUGUCCCAAAGAAUGAGAGGGACAGUGAGCCUCUGUCUCCAGAGAGUCCGAGAACAAGGCACGAAACGGGAACAUUGCAUGCAACAGAGCCCAGCGACAGCUGUCUUGUCCCUUGAGGACUUCGUGGCCUCGAAACAUUUGACAAGCACUGCCUUUCGGUGAAGGUUCCGUGCGGGCCUACCGGGCUUCCUGCUUAUUGGCCUGACAUGACGGAAGCGAAGGGCGUUCUAGCUAGUGACGCAGUCACUCUAGACAUAUUUUUCGGCAGCACGGCAGAUGAAUGUGGCGCCACUACAAUCUGUCUAUACAUUCGCCUGCCUCGCAUAUCUGGCGCCAUAACAUCUUGCAACCAAACUUGCAAGAAAGCCUGCACGCGCUUUCUUACUGACAUCGUAAAAGGUUGAGCAACUAUUUAUAGGAGAAGCAUCAUGCGUUACAGCGCAAUGAAACCGUCGAACCGAAAGGGGUCUUUUUAACCUCGUCCAUUAGCGAAAAAGUCAAUUUUUCUUUCGGCAGCUUUUGUACGCCUACGCGGUCUCACCGCAAGGGCCCCGGUAAAGCGCCUCUGCGUCAUCCCUCCUCCCGAACGUACAAUGUCUUUUCGUAGGACCACUGCCCGCGCGGCCACCGGUGUGUGUGAGCCGGCCUUUUGCGGCCGCAACCGAGCAGGCCGCGUGGACACCACCCCCGUACGCGAAAAAACCUUUCAGCGGUUACGCAGUGAGCAAGCACGCGCGUCGCGUGCAUUGCGCAUGGGAAGGAGUCACCAUUAUUUCGUCACCUGGAGAGUCAGCGGGUACAACACACCACUUGCUAAACGCUCCUUAGCGACCCGAAAAGGGGGAGGGGGUCCGGACGAGAAGGAGGAGCGGGCGCGAUUAAUAGACAAACAACAAAACACGUCGACAGCGACAACGAUAAGAAACGAAGGGAGAAGGGAGGCUACAUUGAGAAGGGCACUGGGCACCAGGCGCAGAAAGGAAAACCGUAGGUAUACGGUGCAGUGAAGAGAGCAAAAAGAGACGAGCACAAAAAACGGGGGGUUACGGUGGGCGGGACUGGGAGCGGGGGACUUCUCCCCAAAAGGGGGUCCCCCCCCCCCUUACCACCACCACCCCACGUAACAAGGAGAAGCGGCCUCUUGUGCUCAGAGAGAGCGUAGAAGUGUUGGCGGGGGUCUUUUGGGGAGGGUCACAAGAAGGGGGUGUCCACAUAACGCCGGGGAGGCAUGCGCGGUGUCCCUUCCUUCGGCAGGACCCUUGCCCCCCUACCCAUGGUGACAAACAAAAAAAAGGAAAGAAAAAGGAAGAAAAGAUGAGCAAUGUCACCCGUUUCCUUCUCGCCACGUCUUCGUGUGCCUUGAAAAGAAAGCUGCUCACUCGGGACGGCGUUAGAACGCGAGUUCCCCGUAAUCAAAGAGGCAGUAGUUCCUCUCCCGUCCGACCCUGCGCCACGUCGCCCGCGUGCUUCGGAGUUUCGGACCGUCCCCGGAAGGGCACCUGAGCGGACUUGUGCAUACUGUGUCCGGGAGACGUUAAAACCUGUGUGAGCUCGCUCGUUUCGCUUGACCUACGUACUAAGGCUACGGCACCGGAGAGUUGUUCUUCUUCUGGUCCUUCCCGGUGUUCGAGACAUGCCGCGCUGUUGACGAAGCUUCGAUCGACGUAUUGCGAAGACGUCUACGGCCCGACCCGAGCCAUCAUGCAGUCGCCUACGUGCCACCAACAGUCGACGGCGUUCCUCAGAAGAAAGGUGAUGAAGCCCUUGAUGGAGAAGCGUCGCAGGGCUCGCAUCAACAACUGCCUCUCGGAGCUGAAGCGGUUCCUGAUGGCUAACGACGGCGGCACCUUUGAGAAGCAGAGCUCCCGGUCGCAGCGCAUCGAAAAGGCCGACAUCCUCGAGAUGACCGUCAAGUUCCUCCGCCAGCGGCAAUUCCACCUCGAAGGUGAUUCCCACGAAGAAGCCGAGCGCACGCAGCGAUUCCACGAAGGUUACCGGCACUGCGUCUUCGAGGUGUCCCGGUACGUGAGCGCCAUGGAGCCGCAGCUACGGGACACGCUGCUCACCCACCUGCAGUCCAGGCUACACCACCUGGCGGCCAGCACGGGCGGAACCGGCAUGCAGCCGGCAUACGCGGACGAAGCCGUUUCGUCAACCAACGGCGACGCGCCGGACCUACGAUCGGCGGUUGGGAGUCCCGCGGGGCUGCUCGAUUACCGUUACGAGGCUGGUUCCGUAAGCGACGCCAGCGAAGAGGAGUCGUCGUCUUCGGACUACGGCGACGCCGCCUCUCUGGACGCCGAGCCGUUCAUCCGCCGCUCCGGUUGUCAGGACGAACCUCGUGACUACCGCCUGCACAGGGACGAGCGAAUGGACCACGACGGCUCCAACGAGCCGAUGUGGAGGCCGUGGUAGCUGCGCGACAGAGACGGCGUACCGCUCGAGAACGCCCGUUGAUCGAGAACAAACUGAAUGCGCGUUUGGCUUCGCUGUUAUCGAAUUCUGUCAAUCCGCGCAGAAGAACUGAACGGAACGUUUUCUGCAUACAGCAACGCAUACUUCCAACUGACCGGUUUGAUUCAAUAGCAGGACAUUCAUAUAGCGCUAAAACAGGGCCGCAUAAGGCCGACCUGAAUAUGAUCAGUUCAUCAGCGCUACAAUCGCUCGUUGACAUUAUAAAAUGGAAGGUCGUAUAGCAUAAAGUUUAGAUGUCUUAUUAAUAUUCAGCACUUAUUCCUAGACGGAGAUCGAAAGUUAUGCAAAAUAAUGUGAAAGCAUCUCGACAUCCAGUCUGUCGUGAAAAUCCGAUGAUAACUUGUUUAGUGUAUCCCUCCUACACGCCAUGUACCUGAGCAAAAUCAGGAGCCGUUCUGAGGGCGAGUGAAAUGCAACAACUUGAGCAGUUAAAGAAGGUAUUCUGUAGUUUUACUUUUAUGAAACAAGGUAUGUCGACAAACUUAACAAAAGCACGUGUCAUAUGAUUUAUGCAGCAUUAUUUUCAAUAGUGUGGGGCAGUAUGAUCAAAAGUAAAGGAUAAAAGUGCGGCCUUUUGCUAAAUAACACUGGCGACUGUUUAGCAAGUGUGAAGAGGCGGACACGUGCAUACAACGCAUUCCAAGAGUUUGUCGCGCCACCUGUAUACAGAGGCAAUUGGGCGAAGCAACGAGACUACGGUGGCCGACAGCACUGAUACUUUAUACGAGUAUGUAACUUUAAUUUAUCACCUAAAACACCAUCAUACCGUAUUGCACUUGGAUAGUUGCUGCAACCUCGCUUUUUGGUGAGAUGGGUGAGUCUAAGUGGCUUGAAACGCCAGAGAUCAACAUCUUCUCGCUAUAUACCAAAGAACUGAAAUAAGAAGUUGCCUAACUUAUAAAGGCCAUUGAAAUUAUUUUCGUGCUUAAGCGCUACGUUAUGCGUGAGAUUUCACGCGAAGGAUAGCCAUAGCCACUAAGAUUAAAAUUUACUUGUCGUGACGUCUACGCAAGCUCUUGAGCUGCUGACGCAAAGAAAAUACAGAUCCAAUCAUUUGGCAAACAGAAGUCGGAGUCAGGGUGCCUUUAUCUGUUUAACGAUAUGCAUAUUAAUAGAUUCUGUUGUUGAUCACGUGUCUGUUGCGAUGGAUCGCUUGCUGCGCUUUGUUACGCAUUGCGUAUCUGUAGUAUUUUUUUUUUUCAGCUGUAUUUAUUGACGCUCGUGCUGGGAUGACAGUUCGUGCUAAACGGGUUGAUGUGUAAAUAUGUAAAUAAUAAAGGAACGAGAUUGCUUGCUCUGGAUAAUUUCAUUCAGAUAUGUUUAGAGCUUGUCGUGUCAGCCCACCCGAUAUAGUCAAAUAUGCUAUGCACUAAGCACACAGAAAAAUACGUUCAUGUUAAAGAGGCUUGAGAUGUGUUGUUAACCUCUGACUGUCACAGAGUGAGCACUACGUGAAGUAAGUAAACUGUCACCUGAUGAAAAAAAUGACAAUAAAUGUUGAAUUGAAA